CACCGGAUCUAUCGUCAUGCUGAACUAUUAUUCUGCAUAUCUCAAGAAGGAUCAUAACAAUACAACUAUCGCGGAUGUCAUAGCACAUGCCGAGCAUAUUAAAAAAAUUGCUGGAGUGGACUGUAUGGGACUCGGGGGAGACUUUGAUGGCGUUGAAAUAUUGCCCAAGGAUUUAGAACAUCCCGGAAAAGUACGAAACUUACUUGAAGCCUUGUACGAAACGGGAACUUGGACUGAAGAAGAUUUGGAAAAACUUACGUCAAAAAAUAUUCGCAGAGUGUUCGCCAAAGUGGAAGAGGUGAGGGACUCGUUGAAGGGAGAGGAGCCAAAACAGGACGCCCUGCCCGUUCCACAGUAUUGGAAUUCUAACACAAUUACGCAAAAUUUCUUUUAAUUCAAAAAUUUACUUAUGGACCAAAAAAAUUAAAUAUAGUACGAUUUUUCAAAAUUUUCUAUACAAAUUACACUUUUUUGUAGAAAUUAAAAAUCUGUAAAUAUUACA